AUGGUUUGCUGCUAACUUGCCUCACUGAUCAAUCAUAUCAAGGCUUGGUUCACUAGUCAGGUAAGUGUCCCUGUCGGCUCGAAAAACUCGACAUCCACGCUAUUACACCUACAUAUCUCUCAUCCCAUCACACGGACAUAUUGUCAUUCGUCUCCACUAUCAACAUGAACUACGCCCGUCCAGGGGUCUUCCCCGCCAUGAGACUGUUAAUUUUAGAUCAUACUGUCAUCUCAGCGCUUGCAUCACUCUCCUGUUCCCCUCUCCCUCCUACCCAUCCUGCUUUCAAGAUACAUAUCUUUGCCCAACCUGUCAGUCCUAGUAUCGGCUGUAUGAUACGGUAUCGUACAUCUCCCUUACCCUUACCCAGUCAGGUGCAUACUCCCCCUCAGCUAUCAACUUCGUCACGUUUAGUGCCAUCUAUCACCCACAUUUCUAAAAUUGGAUCACAUUCUCUUUGGUCUGUCUCUCUAGAUCUCUGUUUCCUACUCUUGUCGGCGCUUCUGUCGCGGAUGUCUUCUAUAGGUCGCUCUUCGGAUCAUCCCUUAUAGUUUCCCCCGCUCGAUGCAGGCAUGUAUCACAGUCACUUGUGGCAUGAGCUACCACUUUGUUCCUUCUCGCUUGGACAUGAUGAGAGACAUGGCACUUCCCCUACUCCAACUGGUGAAGAGUUAGAUCAAGCCUUGACCCAGGUCCGGUCAAUUGACGAGAGCUACGUGAGUACCACUAAACCAGAAAGACCCUACGGU